CCCCUCUCGUCAACCUCUCCCGUCAUUGCGCGACAUUGCACGACGUUGCCGUAAUGAGAUUCGUGAUAAAGGAAAGGUAACGCCGAGGACCGUGAUCGACGCGAAUACGAGAUUAGUAGUGCGAUAUAGUGAAAGAGAAAGAAAGAAAGAGUGAGAGAGAGGGGAAGGAAAUCGUGGAUCACCACUUGGUUUCGGCAAGUUCGCAUCGAACACACCGCGCACACGCACACACACGUAUAUACACACACACUAGCGCUCUCCUCCCCCACGCUCAGCUCCGAGAAACGGAGCUUGCGAACGUGCGCCUCGCGUUCUCUUCACGGUUGGUUUCGGAGUAACGUCGAAGGUGUGUGCGGACGUAAAGACAGUGUGCACUUUCCUCGCGUACGUUGCAAUUGCUUGCUCUCCUUCGCGUGCACAGCCGAGCGCAAAACAUAAACGCGACUCUGUCGCCGCUCGCUUCCGCUCGUCAUACGCUCGCGAUCGGCAAUUCCGAAUUUCCACGUCGAGCCUGAAGAGACGCGUACGCGCCGACCAUGAUCGAUUUAACAGUGAAGACCUUGGAUUCGCGGAAUCACGUCUUCUCCUUGGAAGACGACCAAAUCACAGUCCGUGGCUUUAAAGAAUACAUAGCAGAAUCUGUAGCUGUACCGGCUGACCGACAGAGGUUGAUUUAUUGUGGACGAGUGCUUCAAGACGAUAACAAAUUAAAUGAUUAUGAUGUCAAUGGAAAAGUCUUGCAUCUGGUGCAUCGUGCACCACCUCAGCAUGGUCAACGGGGAAACGACAGUGGCCAACAGGCGCAGGGACAGAACAGCAGACAACAACAACGAUCUCAUUACCGUCUCACGCGCGCUCAGAUGCAUGGAAACGCGAUGUACCUGGGUGCUAUGUCUGUGCCAGCUGAGUUUGUGGAGGGUCAUGGGAUACCGCAGUUGAGCAAUAGUUUAUCGGGUAGUCGGUUGAGUCACGCUGGCCGCAUGCUCGACCGCAUAAAUGAACUGAUCGACAGACUCGAUGAUCCAAAUGCGCCACUGCAUCCCACACCGUCCGAAAUGUCGGACUAUCAGCAGCCGCCAGUGCAACAACAUCAGCAACUGAUCACGCAAGAGACGGACGUAGAGCAAGAUGAGAACGCGGAUGUUGCACGAGCUGACGGUAGCGCUAGAAUUGCGGAGGCAGCCGCGGCUGCUAUCACAGCAGCUCUAUCCGCUGCUGGUGCACGUGCCGUUACGUUAUUUCGAGGUGGCAAUUAUAAUGGAGCAGAAGGAAGAACUGCAACCAGCGAUGCGACUGAUAAUCAAAGCGACACUCAGCCACAACAGCAACAGCACCAAGCACAAGCAGCGACGGAGCAAUCGGGGGCUACAUCGAGCAACGCUGGACAAAACAGACGACCGCAGCAGCAAGACCUCCCACGACCCCCGCAAAUGGCUGAGCUAUUGCAGAGACUGUACAACACCCAAGAUCGGUUAAGACCGUACUUGGAGCGUUAUUGCGUGCUCACGUUGGUUGAUCCAUCGUUACCGCCCGGGCCUGGUCCGAACACUGUGGAAGACAGUCAGCGUAUAGUGGACGGGGUUAGUGAGAUUUUACACUACAUGUCGCACACCUGCCACGCGCUCAGUGAUAUCAUCAUCGACAUGAGCCAACCGCCGCCCAGGAAUUUGCGUUGUAGACCGAUAAUAGUGCAGCACUCGGCUAUCUUACAGCCUGGUAUACCGAUUCAAGUAGAGGCUCAUAUCAGUCUGAACGGUCGUGGUGUUAAUAAUAAUAACAGUAACGACGAAACGCCAGAAGCCGGCAAUCAGCAAGCGCAGGCGGACAACAACUCGGAAUCGUCCAAUGCAUCACGCGUUCAUACCGAAGAGGAUGGUCAGGAACGAGAGUCUGAUGCCACGACACAAUCGCAAACUGAACGGCCGCAACAGGAGCAAGGCCAAUCGCCCUUCGUUACAGUGUUCAAUUUACCAAACAAUGUGGAGGUUCUGAUGGAGGUUAGUUCUGAGAGCAAUAUAGACGACGGAGCGAACAAUGAACAAAACGCCGCGAGUGAAGGCAACAACGGUGGCAACACUCGUAGAACAGGCGUGUUUCCAUUCGGUCCGGCUCCGCCGCCAUAUUUCAUGCGGAAUUUCAUGCAGGCCGUCGCUGGACACAUGGUACACAGUGGUUUCGGUGCCACGACCAUAAACACGUCGCGGAGUUCACCUGCCACCACCGGGUCCCAAAGUGGUCCCGCGUCGAUCGACAGUGGAAAUGCAAAUUCUGGUCAAAGUACUCAAGCACGGAGCAACGUCGGCACUCACCCUACCACUGCGACGCAAACUCGAAGUACAUCGCGGCCGCAUGUGUUCCAUCACCACGCUCACCCUGUGGGCCUCGGUAUGAGCAUUGGUCUGGGACUGGACUUUGAUCCUUAUCUGCCCUGCAAUUCGCAUCACGUAUACCGUACGCCAACCAGCACCCCAAGCACCAACUCAAACGGCGGCGUGACAACUUCGCAAACAACGCGCACAACGUCUACGACCGCAGCGUCGACUGCGGACGCUUCAUCGAGCCAAGCGCAAACCGCAACGACUUCGACUUCAACCAGUGCCAGCGCCACUUCCACGACCGGGACAUCCACGACAAACACGAGCAUGGGCAACAGCAAUCUUUUGGGGAGCCUGCUGCAGCAGAUGGGUGCCGGCAGCCGUUCGCAGCCGAACAUUAUCAACAGUAACGUACCGGAACGUCUCAGCAACAUAUUGCAGAUGCUCGGGGGCCGUAAUAUACAUGUGAGCGACAGAAACUCGAUCAGUGACUUCAUCUUGGCCGACUUGUUCGAGAGCGUUGGUUUGAACAUGAAUAUUUCCCAAUCGUCGUUGGACGCCAGAAGAGAGAACUUCCUUUUCGAUCUCUUCAUAUUGGGGGCUCAAAACAUAACAGUGGACGGAGUAUUCAGACUGAGCUGCGGUGAAUGGGAGCCCAUCUCUCGUUUACGCAGACCAUUGCAGGACUUCUUGUGGCACGAGUUCCCGAGCGCUACGUCGCGAAACGCUAUACAAGAGCAGGUGGCUGAAAGUCUGCUCUCUCAUCUACAACCAUAUCUCCGGGAAUUUCUAGCGUUUGAGGAAGACGCCGGAGGCAGAAGCGACUCACGCAUUGACGUCUACGCAACUAUCGAAUUGUUGAUCGCUCGCUCCAUAAAAGAUAUACUUAGAAUUUUAUUCGACACCGCUUACGACGACAGGUGGUUCGCACAGGACACGUUGGACAUCGUGAAAAAUCUGGGCAAGCAAUUUUGUGCAGUGCUACGAUACUCUUUACAAGGUGGCCAAGCCGGAUUAGAGGCGAUUAUGUCACGCUUUCUGAGCGACAGGUUGGAAGGAAUCCCGUCUUCGCUUCGUCAAUGGAUACUGAACGGAUUUAUUGAACAUUUCCGUACUUAUUCCCUUCGCGCGCCGCAACCCACUGAUUCGGAGAUCGUCUCACUUUUGGUGUAUAAAGAUUCUCCGUCUCAACAGUCGUCGGUACAAUCCUCUGCUUCGACCCGUCAGCCUACUCAAACGCCACCCGAAGACGAACCGAUGGAAACAGAGACUCUGGAGCAACGGACGACGCGCGAGAGUUCGACCGUACCUGAAGACAGAGAGGAAGUUCCGGAAACAUUCACUGGUCAUGAAGCUUUACCCUCGGAUUGGGUGCCGAUUAUCGCUCGCGACGGUGUGAGGCAACGUCGUCAGUUGCAGAUGCAGGGAGUGACGAAUAGCGGCGUGACGACAUUCAGUGACGCAUACCUCGGCGGACUACCCACCAAGCGUCGUAAGCUCAUCGAGCAACAGAAACCACGCCUGCUGGUCAGCCCCACACCGAAUCACUCCACAAUAGCAGCGUCCAUGGAACGACUGGUGCGAGAGGGUGUUGGUCGCGCCGGCGUCGAGGAGGUUGAAGGUGCUGCUGUGGCUGUCGCAGCGGAUCCCGCUGUGAGACGCGCCUUCGGUCAAGCAAUCAGGGAUUGCUUGAACCCGUGUAGAUACGGCACAGCAGACUUUCCGGACCCACUGCGCUUCCCGAACGCGACCAAAUAUUUUGCGGAUCAGGAGCGUCCGCCGAAAUAAUAACACGGUCGGCAGCAAGGUAUAUAACAUGAUUUGAUUUAGAGAUAUGCUACUACCGAGAAAGAGAAGGAGGAGGAUACAUUAGGCUAAUUCAAUAACCGACAAAGGCUGUAGUCACAUGAGAAUCGAGGAGCUUCUCGCGCGGAGGCUCCUCGGUUUCCCUAAGUAUUGUAAUAACGCGCAGAAGAGAGAUCAAUGGGAUGAUCUUUGACGAACGUGUGUGCAUGUGUGUGCGCGUCUGCUGUGUGAAAUGUACGAUCGACACUGCACGAAUACGCACUUACGCAUUUUCCAUAUCCCUCCUCGAUAUCAAUGUUCGCUUCGAUAGAAAACACCGUCGCUAUCAUACGGGGUUAUUACGUUUAUAGCCGAUAAUUAAUACACGGGGUGUUCGUGGGAUCGAACUUCCCGUCUCAUUUUUACUGAGGGAAAGUCGACAUCAAUUUCGCUAUUUCGGAAUUGUAUAGAGGACACCCUGUAUAUAUAUUAUAUAUAUAUAUUAUAUAUAUAUACAUAGGUGUAAAAAUUGUUAACUGUGCACACAUCUAUUUAUAUAAUUUUUGCACUUACCACAACACGACAUAACUUUGUUUCCACAACCUCUGUUUCUACUCGCUGGCUUUUUUCUCUUUUCUUUGUAAUUUCUCUUUCAUUUUCUCAAAUUGGCCGUUCCGGGUUGCAGCGUAUAUAUGCAACAGACGACUCGGGAUGACUCCUAAAAUAAAGGAUAAAAUAGGCUGAAUUCGAUCUGUCUUUCUCUCUCUCUCUCUCACACAUACACACACACACACACACACACACACACACACACACACACAUACACACCUUUUUCCGUAGAAUCGCAUUUGGGAGAACACUUUGCGUUAACGCGACACUUUAUCGAAGUACGACGUUAUGCGCGUAUGUGAGCCUCACCGGAAUCUUGUCGGAUAUUUUGUAUAGACAAUUAAUUUUCGACGUCCGAUGAACGAUGCCCCCGGGCUGUUUACGGGACGGAGUCUUUCUAUACGACGAGCGAAUCGCUGGCAAAUCUAUACGUAUUGACUAGGCGCGACUAUGGUAAACAUAGCGUACGUGGAAGUAAAAGUUAAUCGUUCUAAUGUCCACCAACAGUUGUACGAGGAAAGGAAAUAUUAAUAAAAUAAAAUUGUGUAUCCCUUU